UUCUGGAGUUACUGGGCAGCGGCAGCCAGGGCGAUGGCGGCGAUGUCCCGGUCGCCGGCGGAGCCCGGCCUGGCGGGGCUGGAGGAAGAGCUGACCUGCUCCAUCUGCCUCUGCCUCUUCCGCAGCCCCGUGACGGUGCCCUGCGGGCACAACUUCUGCGCCUCCUGCCUGGAGCUCUCCUGGGCCGGGCUGUCGGAGAACUUCAGCUGCCCCCAGUGUCGGGCCACCUUCGCGGGCCGCCCGCAGCUGCAGAAGAACACGGUGCUGUGCCGGGUGGUGGAGCAGCUCCGGGGCCGCGCCGGGGACGAGGAGGAGGAGGAGGAGGCGGCGGCGGCGGCUGUGGGCUGCGAGGGGGAGGACACCCCCGUCUACUGCGACAGCUGCCAGCUGGCCCCGGCCGUGCAGACCUGCCUGACCUGCACCGCCUCCUUCUGCCCCGAGCACCUGCAGCCGCACCGGGACAGCCCGGCCUUCCGCGACCACCAGCUCUGCCCGCCCCUGCGCGACCUGCAGCAGCGCAAGUGUCCCAAGCACAGCAAGAUCUUCGAGUUCUUCUGUAGCGAGCAUGGCAGCUGCAUCUGCUCCCUCUGCCUCCUCGGCCACAAGCUGUGUCAUGCCAGCCCCCUGCACAUAGCCAAAGCCAACGCCGAGUCGGCGCUGAAGAGGAAACUGAUGGAGCUGCAUAAUCGGAGUGAAAGCGCUGUUCGAGCAAUGAACACCGUGAAAACGAACCAAAGCCAGGCUGCUGAGACACUUUCCAGAAAGAAAGAUUUGAUCAGAAGUGAGUUUUUGGAAAUCAAAGCUGUAAUUGAAGAAUCAGAAAAUCAGGCCUUAAAACUAAUUGCAGAUGAAGAAAAAAGAGUUUGCAAUAAGUACGAUUAUAUUUAUGGUAUUCUGUCAAGCAAGAAGAAUGAAAUUCAGUCUCUCAGAGAUCAGGUUGAGAUGGCACUGACGGAAAGUGAUGACAUUCUGUUUUUGAAGAGAGCAGCAGCACUGCAACGAACAUCAACAAAAGACGCUUUCGUCCCUGUAAUUGAAAUGGACCAAAACCUGAUACAUGACACUUACCAUUCUGCCAUUAACCUUAAAGACAUUGUGAAACUUUCAGUGACUCAUUUUAAGGAGAAGAAACCAGAAGGUACUGUAUCACUGGCAGAAUUGGCAUUUUCUGCCUUGGGUUUGAGCUCAAUAUCAUUUAAAAAAAAAAAAGUGCAGCAAAUACAGUUGGUUAAUACAAAUGGUGAUGCAGUGAUUAUCCGUGGCGAGCACUUUGGCGUGGGAGAGGGAGGGUUGUUGGGCUGUCUGGUGAUGGAUGCCUCCUCAGCUGUAAAGCAGCAAACUGCCCCGAUCUGGCGGUGCGUCAGCCUCAGCGCACACCCGGAGCGGUGUCGGUGCAGGCUGUACAGCAAAGCAGAGCCUCCCCGCUCUCUGGCUCUUGCAGAGCAUACCCAGAAGAUCCUUCCCCAGACUCCAGCCAUGCCGCAGAUGGAGCCAGAUACCAAGGAGAAAAAGAAACCUGCUAAACUUGCACCAACCAUGGGAACAGUAAAUGCUGCUGCAGCUGCUGCUUCAGCUAAAGAACUUCUUGACAGCUUUCUGAAGAAAUCCAGAGAGGAGCUUUUGCAGUAUGCUGCUAACAUCACGCUGGAUUGCAACACAGCUCAUAACAAAGUGAUGCUGUCUGAGAGAUACACCAGGAUGUCUGUCUCGGACACCCCCCUGAAUUAUAACCAGCACCCUCGGCGCUUCACCGAUUGUUCCCAAGUACUGGGGUUCCAGUGCUUCAAGAGAGGCAUCCACUACUGGGAGGUGGAACUGCAACAGAACAGCUUCUGUGGCAUUGGCAUCUGCUACGGCAGCAUGGAGCGUCAGGGGCCCGAGAGCCGCCUGGGGAGGAACAGCAGUUCUUGGUGUAUUGAGUGGUUUAAUUCCAAAAUAUCAUCCUGGCAUAAUGAUGUUGAAAAGUGCUUACCCAAUGUGAAGGCUACUAAGAUUGGUGUGCUGCUCCACUGCGACGGAGGGUUUGUGAUUUUCAUGGCUGUUGGGGAGAAGCAUAACUUGAUCUAUAAAUUCAAAGCCCAGUUUACUGAAGCCUUGUACCCUGCCUUCUGGUUAUUUUCCAGUGGCACCGUUCUCACUCUCUGCUAAUUGGAACAGUAAGGUCUCAGUCUUAAUUUAGUUUGCCUAAUAGUCAGUCCUGCAGCAAGUCAUCUUUGUAUCUUUUAGUCUAAGAAGUCUCAAAGAUGGUUUGUUUGAGACAAAAUAUAUUAGCUCUUUUAAGCAGUUUGGGAUAUCUGCUAAUUCUUUGGUCUGAAUCGCUAAAGCCUUUAGAUAGCGAUUUAGUAAAAUAUUGAUGAUAGUAAAAACUACGAUGAAAGGUUUUGCAACAGACAUUGAUGGUCCUUCUGAUGACUAGAUGGUCUCCAGAGGUCUCUUGCAACCCUGUGAUUCUAAAAGCAAAGUUAUGAGACAGUCAGUCCUUAAAUGUCUUCAGUAGCCACUGUGGCUUCUGUGGUUUGCUGUAAAGGAUCCUUCAGAAUUGAUUUUCAGAUCUAAAUGUGUUUCACAGGUAGCAAUAAACCCUUUGAGAAAGAAAUGGGAAGAAUCCUUGACAAAUUCAUGUUUCAGGCUUUGAGGUAGGUCUCAGUGUUGCCUUUUUCUCUGUAUGCAGACUGUUGUCCGUAGUCAGGAUUUACGAUACACGUGUUCUCAGUGUAUGACUCCAGGAGGUAACAGAGAAUCUAUUAAAAUCAGUAAGUUCAGGUCUUAUAACAUCAAGUUAUAAAAGCCAAUAUGACAAAACUGAUCAGAAUGGAAAUGCAGAGACUUUUAGAGUUGAUGGAUAAGAAAUGGUGUUAGAAUCAUCAGGAAAUAAAUGACAUUGACUGAGAGACUGGGAAUACACCGUAGAGUCUUCAGGAAGGCAUCCUGCAGAGCAGUAGCAUGCACCCUGUAACAACAUAGUUUGUGGGAUGAAGCAUUCUGUCUCAUAUUCUGACCCAGAACAUGCUUCACAUCUUCACGCUGAAGGCUCUUCAAUGGUUUUUUUUUGUGUGUGUGUUGAGUUCAGGGAAUGCAGUUUUGGCUUGCAUAGGGAGCAUAAACGUGCUGUUCACUUAAAGCAGGGUCUCCUGUCAUAAAGCUUUUCCUCUUCAUGAGGCGGGAUAGUAUCUGCUGGUGUAUCUUCAGUUGUUCAGGUGGUACAUGGAGUCCUACAUGUUAUUAGGACUCUGAUCUCAAGACAGUGUGCACAGUACCUAGAAAACACUGUUUCCUCUCUGCAUGAAGCCUGCAGGCAGACACGUGAGUCAUUUGAAACAUACAGGGAAUUAGCACAAAGGAGAAUAUAUUUCCAUUCCCACUGGAAUGGAUUUUUAAUUCUCCUGGUGUUCUUUGCUUUGGGUUGUGGUAUGUCUUCAGAAGUCCUCACCACGUACAGAGGAAUCUGUACUUCUGCAUGCUUUCCUUACAACUUUAAAACAAUCAGUAGGCAAUCAAGGUAUUUGGAUCUCAUGGUUAUUGGGCCAGUAUCUUGUUGAUGCCUCUGGACACAUUGGCUCUUAUUUCUUGUAGUAGCCCAUGAGCAACAGGGAAGUCUCUCACACGAGACGCUUCCUGGACUUUGAUUUGUAAAACUCCCCCUUAUGGGACUUGUUGAAAUAAAACACAAAGCUACUACUGGCAGUUUGGAAGGGAAUUGCUACAGGGCUUGGAAGAACCUCUGUGACUUUCAUUUCAGGCUAGCCAAAGUGCUUUAGAGAGAGACUUGCAGGAAUUCAGGCUUGGUGUCUCUCUUUUUACUUGGUUUGUAAACUCUUAGUACUUUGUCAAGGAUAGCAUAAGUCUGGUAAGACACUUCCAUUUCUUUGGCCGGAGUAGGAUCUGGAAUCGAUGGUGGACCUGAAAGUGCCGUGGCUGUCUCUGGAGUAGUUGUACUAUCUCCAGGGUCUCAGCUUUCCACAUCACAGUCAGCACGAAAACUACCAAACUAAGCAGAACCCUUCGAAAGGUGUGGAAGGAGGAUGUGUCCUGCUAGGAGCCAACAGUGACUGCAAAAAUAUUUUUUUUUUCUGCACUUCCAGUUUUUCAGCAGCGAGGGACAGGAGCAGUUUCCUCUGAGAAAUCCUUUCCCUUCAGCUGCUUGGCUGGGCCACGGGGCUGCAGACCCACUCGGCAGGCGCUGAGGGAAUACGCUGGGCCCUUGGUCAUUGGGGCUCUGGCAGUUUGUGCAGGGGAGGAAGUCCACAUCUUCUGUUGCUUGCUUCUUGACUUUAAAGGGGGUUAAUAUUAACCUCUCAGUCUACAGGCUGCUUUAGCCAUAGCCUGGAGCAAAGUAAAGAAGAGCUCUUACUCCUCCAUGUUGGACACUGUUGGAUUCUUUACAUGUGACAGUGGUGUAUGACCAACAGUAUGUAACACAAGGUGUUCUGGAUUACCACAGGCAGUGAAAUAAGCCUGCCGCUGUAGUCCCGGUUCUCUUUUUUAAUUGCUUUCUUUUGUGCUGUGAGUGACUAGAAAGGUUAAGAGUGGGUUUCUGUUACUUUGGAAUGAAAUGAGAAGGGUGUAACUGAAUUACUCCACUUCUGAAGACUUGUUUAGCUUCAGCUAUCUUGGAUAUAUCAAAACAUUGGGGUGAUGCAACAUUAUAUUAAAAAAAAAAUACUAGUUACAGCAUGAUAACCAAUGGUUCAAAAGCCUCUUCAGCACAACCGACGUGUGGUCACUUGGCCAGUAACUAUCCAAGCUGUACUGCUUUUAAAUAAAAUGUAGAUACAAGCACAUAUUUUAAUUAUGCUUCUCUUUUUAGUACUAUAAGUAACCCAAUUUACCCAGUCUAGAAAAAGAACUAAUUCUGCUGUUAGUAAAGCCAUGAUGAUACAAAAGCAUUUGCAUAUUAAUGUACAACUGAGAGUAAAUGGAGAAACACCCACUGAAAAUAUACUUAUCUGUUUAAAUCUUUUCUUCAAUAAAACACAUCAGUAGAAUACUGCACUUAGAAAAAUAAAUGCUUAUGUAAUUAUAAACCUGUUGACUGAUCAGCCAUGUCCUUCACUAUGAAUACUACAUGUUAUCUCCUAUAGAUGUAUCAGCGAGCCAUCCUUGUCAGGGCAACAGACAUAGAUUUUAUGCUGUCUCUUUUAUGACUGUGCCUGUAACUCUUUUAGAAGCUGACUAUUGUUGAUCUUUUCAGCUGUAAAGUGAAUUAAUUGCAAUAUUACGAAUUCAAUAAAGCCCUAACUCUAAAUGUUUUGUUCUGUGCUUGAAGUUGAAGGAAGCAAUAAGGAAGGCAGAAAUAAAGAUGCUUUAGUGUACAAAUAACAGGUCUUUUACUGCCUAACUCACCGAGUUAGAUGAGAACAGGGGCUGGGAGAAAAGGAGGAGCGCUGCAUAGGCUGUGCUGUCCUCGGGACUGUCAAACCCCUCCUGAACUGCCGCCUCCACCUGAGCUACGCACCCUUUACCGGUAACGCUGCAUCCCAGCCGAGGACGAGGGGAACAUCCUAUCCAGUAAAUGGAACUGGAGAGCUUUUCAGCUAAGCAAAAACAUGGCCAUCAGGUAGAGGAAGAUGAACAACAAAGGACUCGGUAUGUGCAAUGGGAUUGCUUAAAAAAAAGCCUUACGUGAUGUCCAGCAUCUGCCAGUGUAAGUUACAUCUGGAAGCAGCAAUGGGUAACGAUUCCUAAUAUUACUCAGUGAAAUCAGACUAAAGGGCUUGUGGUCUUGCAAGCUGCUGCCUCCCGUGGGGCCAGUGGAAAGCAGCUCAACGGGGAGCUGCUCUGGUGGCUCAACAGGCUUCUAAAAAUUAGCCAAAACAAAAGCACCCACAAAACAAGUUAAAAAUUGACUUUUCCACUUAAAGUUCUCCAAGCGAGUUCAGCUGAUGAAGGUUUUGGGGAAUAAACUCUCUGAAGAGUUCCACAGAGUCAGACAAGAGCAUUGCUUGAUCAGCCUGGCAGGUAGGACAAAAACUAGGAAAAUAAUUAAAAAAUCCUCAUCUUCACUACGUACUUGUCCCAUGAUGUCCCUGGGAUUAAGAGGUCAAUUAGGUCUGCCAGUUUGGCCUCAGUUUCCAAAGACAGACAAACAGAUAUUCUGAGCCUGCGUAAACACGCGUGCGCGUACAGCCUGGGUCCUGAGCAGGUACUGAAAGCCCAGAGAAGUCAGCACGCUCGUGACUCACAGGAGGUCUGUUUUCUUACUUGUUAAUGUAAUUUCCUCUUGAUUUAGCUUUGUGAUCGCUUUUUCACAGCAAAAGGAACAACAGACUUGGACUCCAAAUCAUAUUCUCUGGGAACAUAUGUGAAAAUGUUUAUCAGGAUGUUUCCUAAAAUAAAACUGUAUUUGGCUACUGUUUAACAGACUGUAUUUCCAUACUCUGUUUUGCCUCACUCCCACCCCUUCCUGAUUCCCUCCCAAUUGAGUGGCUGCUACUUCUCGAAUAAUCAAUAUGUCAGUUAAAAACAUGUCACGGUGUGGUCAUUGUAUGACUCCUAUUCAGAGCCCGUGUCAUUGACUUUCAUUGGCAGCUAUUUCAUCCCACUAAAAAGUUCAAGACAGCAAUUUGUGAAUCUUGCUCAGCCAAGUAGAACUGUGAAAAAAAAGAAGUUAUUUCAAAAGUCAAUUAAUUGUGGUCUGUCAGAGUGCUCCUCAUUCAGUGUUUUUCCAGGCCUUGUCAUGGGCUCACAUCUGUCAGCCCUGUGUUUCCCAGGCUGCUAUCAGAUGCCGUUACUUUGAAAAUAAUGGGCUUAUUCACACCAUUUAUUGGACUUUGUGUGGUAGACACAUUUGUAUAUCAUUUUACGGUGUAACAAUUCCAUUUACAUAAAAUAUAGGCAAUUAUGUGAGUCGGGCCAAAGCACUAAGGGAGGGUGGGAGGUGCCACCAUUAAAAUAAUAAAAACUAAUUGAAAAGAGGCAGAUAAUUUACGUGAAAAUACCAUUAUGAGCAAUUCUUGAUCCUAAAUUAGUUCAACAGAUCUUUAAGGGGGUGAGUUAGUUGUAUUUUGUCUGUUUGUAUUAAACUUCUUAAUGUUUUUCAAUGUAAGAAAAGAAUUCGUACUUUUUAUAGCACCUACAUUACAUUUUAAAAAAUCAAGUAGUUCUUGGUGGAGGAAGAAAGGGUUUUUUUGCUUUAGGUUAUUUUUUUUCCUCCAAUUUAAAGGGAGUAUCUGUCUGUAAAGGAACGUUGUGCUUUAGAAGCCUGAUCCUGCAAAUCCUACUUUUAUUCUCCUGACAAGGUAAUUUGUGUACGGUUCCAUUCAUACAAAGUCGGAAACAAAGUUUUAGAUCAAAUUAUCAGCAACACUUUUCAAUGAAGUGUAACAGUUUCUCUUUUGGAGUCAGGAAUAUGAUUCUUGCAAAAGUAAAUCUCCUCGGAUUCAAGUCAAGCGUUCAUUUUGUGUGAACCUGAUACUCAAGCAGUUUGGCUGGCCUUAAUCUUGGCACUGUAAUAGGUAAAGAAUUGACAAUUUUUCUGUAACUUCUCAAGCUGGCAGUGAAGAGGGCUGUUGCUGCGUGGCGUGGCGUGCUGUGACGAUGGGUCUGAUGGCACACCUGGAGCCCCUGCAUUCCCUGUUGGCCCCUCGAUUCAUUUCAGGUACUUGCCUAUGGGCAACAGCGAGAGCAUUCCUUUAACUAGUGAGAUGGCCUUUGCUCUAUCUUUAGGGAAAUAAUUUCUCUAACAUUACUAGGAUUACAUCCUGAGGCAAAAGGAUAAAUAUACUAAGCAUUACUGUAUUAAUUACAGGAACAUCAAUUACUUCUCUCUAAAUUAUCACUACAGCAUACUGAAACCAAAACUCAUCACUUUGAAAUGAAGGGGGGGAAAAAAAAAAAAAGGCAUUUAGAAAAACUGCAAACAUUUUUAACUCUGACUCUCCAUGACUAUUUUGGAAGCCUUGCUAGAUUUCAACAGAAUGUGAUGAAGACCAUUAAAAAGGGAGAACAGGUGGACUCUUGGUCAAGGACAGAAAAAGAGAAAAAAAUUAUUCCUCUUCCCAUGUUGAAGUUAAGCAUAGAAAUCUCAGUGCAGAGUGAGCUUGCGGGAGGGUGUGUUAAAACAUGGUCUCUCUCACUGACAACAGAAGGUAUGAGAUAUUUGAGUCAGCGGCAAAGCACAGCAUAAACCCCCGAUUUGGAGACUUCGGCACACAGCUCCUACGGCUUCCCUGUAGAACUCUCCAAAAGCCAGGGCUUUGCCGUUUCAUACUGUGACAGAUUUGUCGUCCUACUUUGUUAUACAAACAGAGCUCUCAUCCUUUUGUUGGAGACAAAAGUUGAGCUUACACUUCAGCAAGAAAUAUUGAAAUGUUUACCUUAAAAAUAAUAAACGAAUUGGAGAAAGGGAGUGAAUGAGUCAAACCUCUAACAAAGGCAAUAAGCCUGUAUUCACGUAAUUAAUGUCCUCCAGAACGGUGUGUUGAAAAUUCAGUGCAUUCAGAAGUGCACCGAAAAGGCAAGGUAGGCAUGAGGAAAAGACCGACUGCAUUCAAAAAGGGCCAAAUCCACCCUGGUGUAAGCAGGCAAGCCCCCAUUCAACACAGUCAAGACAACUUAGCCCCCAGUGCCUAUUCAUGAACUGUUACUUCACCGUGUUGGUCCAGUCAUUCAAAGCCUCAUUACAGAUUCUUGUGGUUCUUUUGUCUUUCAAUGAACGAGGGAAACUUCCCGUUCCUCUUUUGAUUCUCUAUCUACACAUCAGGCACGAGUCCAGCAAAGAACAAAUGAUUAAGUGCAUAAAGAGCCCUGCUGCUUUAUGAAGUGUUACAGAUCAGAAGGAUUAUGGAAAAGGCUUCACUUCCUUCCUGGAAGACACUGAAAGACUUCAGCUUGCGCUGCUGAAGGGAAAAAUGUGCAACGUGCUUUCCUCCGUAAAGAUAAUUCAUUGGGUUAAAUUUAACCACAGUAAAGAUAGAAGAUCACUUGUCUGCUUGCAGUUGUUCACAAAUGUGUUUUGACUGUAACUUAGGUUCCCCCUUCGCCAUACUAGGUCUAACUCAAAUCUUAAUGUCAGCACUAAUGAGAGCUGGCACCCAAAUUCCAGCAAGCAUUGUCUCUCAUCGUCUCAACUCCCCACAUGUGAGACACUGCUAGUAUUUAACCCCUUCUGACCCAAUUCUCCUAUAUGCAGAGUUGGAGAAAUUGAUCCCCAAAGGCUGAACAUGGACAAACAUACCUGGAGCCCCUAUAUUCCCUGUUGGCCCUAUUUAUCCAUCUUAGAGGGAGGAAAAUCCCCAGAGUUUUUGAGAAACAGGUGAAUGAAGGGUUUGUUUAGUGCCAUAUGUGGUUCUUGAACACAAAAUUACGAACUCCUGGGAUGUGGAACUUCCCAUAAUAGAUCUCUGGAACUGUACUGAUUAUGUCUCCUUUAGGACAUCUAGGACUCCUGAAAAGUUUUGCCGUCUAUGUGGAGACCAAGCAACAGAACAGGCCUUACAUGGAAGACUGCCGCUUUAUGGAAGAUGCUGACUAACCAUUACGUGUGAAUUAUGGUCAGCUGUAGCUUAAACACUUUGCUGCUGUUCCUCACCUCUCUACCUGCCAGCCCACCUUCCUAUCUUUACACACUGGCUGCUUUUUUGACAGUCUGAAUGCUUCAUGCCUUUGAUUCAAUUGGUCUCUGCCCGUUUGCAAGGGGGGGCAAAUAAAGCAGUGUGGGUGAAUUUGGGAUGCAUUCAGUGACAUAUGUACCGAAGCAGUGGGCAUUACAAGCUGCUUGCAUUAAUGUGUUUUGUCUCUGUUCAACCUCUUGUCUGAGAAGACCAAAAUGAGCACGUAAAUGCUUUAUACAUAAGCAA